AUGGCUGGUAUGUCGGACCGCACCCAGACCUUCUGUCUCUCUAAUCCCUCUCCAUCUCGUGCGACACGCAAGCACUCAGCUCCGAUUAGCCCUUAUCAGCCGCCGACAACCAGUUCAACCCAUGACCAUUCGCAUGGUCGGGGUUCCCUCCUUCCCAUGCCGCCUAACUGCCACGAAGGAUCAUGCUGGACCUUGGCAUCGCUGAGGUGUCUCAGCCCCACCCCUGCUGAAAGUCGACCUCGAACAAUUUCGGUUGAAGUCAACAAAGUCAGUCUAAGAAUGGAUGGUCGUUGGGCGGAAGACAAACCAUACAUUCUCGAGAAAACUUGGGAGGAGUGGGUAGAUUUUAGAGAGUCAGUCAUUUUUCGAUAUCCAGAAACUGAAUCCAUUUUGCCCAAGCUCUCCAAAGGCCAAGGUUUUCUGGAGUCAUUCUUUAACAACUCCAAGCGCAGCCACAAUACCCAAACGUCAAAUACGAAGGAAUUGAAUACUUUCCUAAAUUGCCUGGUUGAAAGGUGUCCCAAAAAAGUUCUUCAUUCCAACACCGUACACGCCUUUCUUCAAACAGAACAAAUGAGAGUCGGAUGUCAUCAGGUGGAAUACAACGAUGAUGAUCUUCCCUUGUGCAGAAUACCGCUGUCUACAGACAUACCGAGCCGAGGAGAAGGCACCACUAUUUCUUCUCAUCUGGAAGCCUUCCGGUUCCCUGAGUCCAAGCAAGCUCCGUCCCUUGUUGCACCCAGUUUGAAAACGAAGACUUCCCAACCAAAUCUUGCUUCCCGGCACAUAAACCUUGGUUCUGAGGUAGAAAUGCCUGUCCCGAAUGAACAGUUUCCCUCUCACGAUCGACGUAGACCUACACUUGAAACUCUGACUUCCAUUGCCGAGCGUCCGCCACCACCAGGCUCAAUACCGGAUCUACAAAGCGGGCAGGUUGGUACCUUAAGCCGUACCCUAGCUGCGCCAAACGCUCGACUGGUGAACAAAUCUCGGAAUCCGCGGAGACCUGCCACAGGCGUAACUCGAUCUCCUUUUCUGGCGCCUCCUCAACGACCCGCCACUUCCGAUUCCAGGCUCCCUGCUGAAGCCAUGCUGAAACCUACGAUAGGCAAAGGCGUCCGCAGUCCAUUGCCAAUCGCCCCCAUACCUGCGGGAAGACCUUCUGAACUUCCGCUGGGCAUCGCCCGAGACGCUGAGGCCUCUCUACCGGCGAGGCCGCGCUUGAGGGAAUUCAAAUCGAUGCAAGAUAUCAGGGCUACAGCCGGUAAUGUCAAGGCCGCAGGACGGUCCGGAAGAAACCAUCUAGCAGACCCUGGCCGCAACAACAGCGUUCCUGCUGCUGGGGCGUGUCCUCAAACUGCCUGGCGGGUUCGAUCGCCAUCCAGCCCUUGGCUUAGACAUCAGCGAACCCCUUCAGAUUCCAGCUCCAGCUUUGGCUCGUCGCAACUCUCUCCUAUCUCCACCGUCUUAAGUUCACCAAACGUGACACCAUCUACUUCCAACAACUCAACCACUAAACCGACUUCCAAUCAGCCAAUCAAGCCCAAGCUAGCCUAUCGUCGCAGUGUUGAUAGUCUCGGUCCCAAUUCGAUGAAAGUUGAUGGCUCGAGUCCACUUAAAGCGGUUUCGGAGCGCAAACCAAUUAAUAUUAUUUUCCGCCCCAACGUGCCACUCGCCGCCCUUUACACUAUCCCUCCCCGCCUUGCUAAUCAUACUACAAAUCCUCCAAAGAUUGGCAAACCCGUAUCGACUUUCCCACAAUCUCAAAAGCGUCCGCAUACCUCCACAGGUAAUGCCAGUGGCCUUAAGCCAAGCUCUCUUACGUUGAAGGUAGUUCAUUUGGAAUCGAAGACAAACAUCAUCUUGGCCGUUCAGAAAGGGCUGUUUUCUCUGGCUCAAAUCAGGUCCAAGAUUCAGAACAAGCUGAAGAUGGCGGCUGAUAUUGAACUGCAGUCUAAUUGGAAGAUAAGAUUGACGAUGAUUGAUCAAAAAGAAUUUGUGAGGCGUGGUGAAAUCGGCCAGGGAAAAGGUGUGGAUCGAUCCGAAGACGAUGGCUUGAAGGUAUUGGAAUUAAUCAACGGGAAACCGACCGAUUCAGCAGUCAAAAAGAUUACCCUUAGAAUUCAAUAA